AUGACACAGAUAUCUAGUGGUGCCACAAAUGGUGCACCAGUGAAAUCCCAGAAGCCCACGUUAGCACCUGCAAAAGGACCAACAAGGAAAAAAAAACAAUACCAAACAGACAAGCCAUUACCAUUACCAGCAUCAUCAAGAGGAAGUACGGAUGAUGAUACAUUUGUCCAUGAAUUUUCGAGAACAGAUGUUAGAGAACUCAUACAUACAGUCACUCAGGAACUAAAGAUCAAAGGUAAUAAAACACCAUUAGUUCUGUUAGCGUUUCGCCCUAAAGUUGAUGAUUCAAAACUUACAACAUUCUUAAGCUUAGUUUUUCCAAAUGGUACCACACCGGCCCCAAUUAAUCAAAUUGAAAGAGCUGUUAGAGAUACAGAUGAAUAUACUUUGAUGGCUGCGUUGAAAUAUUUAUGGUCAAGAUUACCGAUGGAUUCAAUCGUUGGUUGGGAUGCUUAUGAAACUUUCAAGAAAUUAGAAGCUAGAUCUAACUAUCCAAAAAAAGCUUUUUUGGAAUUUAUGCCACAAUGUUUAACAUCACCAGCGCAUGCCUCUAUUGUGUAUGAUUUCUUAGAUCUUUUGGUGUCAUUAUCAGCCAAUGCAAAAGAGAAUCAGUUGAGUGGUAGAAAAAUAUCUAAAAUGGCUGGUCUUUGGGCUUUUCAUGGUCCUCCAAAUUCUGCAAAUUUAACAAAAUCAAGACUUGAUCCAACAGAAAAUUCAUUUAGAGAAGGUCUAAGAGAUUGGCUACCAGCUGCAGACGCGUUAUUCCAUUUGUUUUUAUCAUUUUUGAGAUCAAUGUUACCAGAUGACCAAAACACAAAACUUCAGUUACCAAGAACUUUACAAGCAUUAUUAGCUAGUAAUUCAUACCCACCACCAGAUCUUACAUUUCAGUCAUCAACAUUGGUAAGUGUUCCACUUGUCACUAUACGAUCCAAUACACUUUCUAAAAACCCAACAGAAUUACUGAAUAAAUUACCAAAAGUAUUGAGCUUUGACAAUCAAAAAAGAUUUGAAGCAAAAGAGGAUUAUGCUUUGCUAAAGUCAUUAUGUAGAAAUGAUUCAAAUAUUAUGAACAAACUAUCUGGUGAGUCAAGAAGAAUUAUAGGAUUAUUGUGCAAGAAACCAAGUGAAGGUACAUUGAUGGCAGGCUGGCCAGAAUAUCAUCCACCAGAAACAGUCGUGGAAAAUAAAAUUCAAGUAUCUGUUUCAAGAGUAUCAAUUGAUGACUACUUUAUAUGGACUUGGAUGUCAAGUAUGUCAUUUGAAGAAACUCAAUCAAAGAAAAAGUUAUUUGGUAGAUCAUUAAUUUCAGAAUUUGUAUUUGAUGGGUUUAAAAAAUGGAUUGUUGUUGAAGAACAAAACAUUGAAUCAACAGUUAGAAAUCAUAAUCCACCAGUUCCUGAAAAACCAAAGGUUCAGAAACGUAUACCUAGUGCACAACCUAAUUAUAAGUCAUUAAUUCUUGAUGAGGGUGAAACAAAUGCAUCCUACACUAAACCAAAAGCUAAAGUUCUUCAAGAGAAACCUGUUCCAAAUGAUAUACCGCCACCAAUCAGAAAAACUUCUGUUCCAUUAUCCCCAAAACUAAGCUUGUUGAAACCUUUCAAAAAGAAACAUCAUGACCAUAGUACUAAACAAAUAGUGGAACCAGAUACUAGCUAUGAAGAAGAAUUGGUGUAUGAACCACCUGAAGAAGUUGGAGGAUUACCAGAGAUUGAAACCAAUCAAUAUAGACUAAGUAUGCCGCUAGAUCAAUUGGGAUUUGAUGAUGAUUAUGAAACACCACAAAAUCAAAAUUAUCAAAACCUUUAUAGUUCAGGUGAAUACAAAAGUACUGCACCUCCAAGAUCAAACUAUGACAAUUAUCAUUCGAAUGAUGACCAAUCAAGCUAUCAUGGAUAUCCUGGAGCUCAUGAUGCUUUUGUUCAAGGUACUUAUAAUAAUACAGGGCCUCAUUCACCAGUAAGAAAUGAUCAAGGUAUUUACCAAGAACCAACAUCGCCAUUUAAGAAGAACCCUAGUGUGCCAAAUGGAUCCAUUGAAGAUUUGACGCAAAUGGUUAGUAAAUUAGCUCAACAGGUCAAUCAAGUUGAAUCAAAACUAGGUAAUGGAUCUUCAACUAAAGUUCCAGAGCAAUUCAAUAGUACAAAUAGAGAUAUUAAUGGAGGACAGCAAGAUCAUCAUAGCAGACCUUCAAAUGUUACAAUGGAAAGUCAAAACUCGUCUGUCACUUCAAAGCCAAGAAGAAAACCACCACAAGGGAAUGCUAGUUACAACAAUGUACAAACAACAGCCAAUGCUCCCCCAGUUGAUUACUCUCAAGAAUAUCAAAAUCCAAAUGGUUACUAUUAUCAACAUUCGCAACCACAAAAUCCACCAUAUGCUGAUCCAUAUCCACCAAUGCCAGUAGCGGAUCAAUUACCAGCCCCAGUACCUCAAAGAAGCUCAUAUGUUGAACCGCCAGCUCAAAGAAAUUCGUAUCAAGAACAAAUUACCCAUGAUCAACCAUAUAAUAAUCAAAAAGCACCAUCACCUAUCAGAAAAGAUACACAUUAUGCUAAUGCUAGACAAGCAUAUACUUCUGAUAAUACUGAACCUGGUAGUUACUAUACUGAUGCCUCUGAACAGCAAAAUGUCGAUAAUGGAUAUCCAGUUGAUGCAUAUCAAACACCAGCUGGAAAUUCCAUACCUUCAGAAUAUCAACAAGGUGGUGAGACAAUUGUUGUCGAUAAAAGAAGGUCUACAGCAUCAAACCCAAUAUAUCCAGAGAGUAUUAUUGAAACAUAUACCACACCUUCUGUUUGGAACCAAGGUGAUAGUGAAGUAUCAAGUUUUGCAAGUCCUGGUAGAAAUAUUGUCAAUAAUAGCUCUCCUCAACAAUCAAAACGUUACAGUCAAGCUGGUAAUUUACCACAAAUUGCAGAACCAUUAAGUUCAAAUGAUAUUGAUUAUAUACCUGACUCAACUUCCAUUGUUCCAGAUGUUCCAUUACCAACACCAUCACCACCAAGGCUUCAAAACAAGGAAAUAUCUGAGAAUCAAUUUGGUCAUCAACACAAUUAUCAAGAACCAGUUACAGGAUCCUCCACUUCACUACCUCAUCCAAGCGAUGAUUAUCAUUUGCAAAACACCGACCCACAUCAUAGAAUGAGGUCUCCAAGUUCUGGUCCAUAUCAACAUAGUGAAGAAAGGAUAUCUAGAGAUGGCUAUGAUCAUUAUAGCUCUUCACAAUCUUUGGGUGUUUCUUCAAAUCCACAGCAGAAGACACAAAGUGUUCAAAGCUUUCAAAGUGCACAAGAAUCACAGAGUCAUAUAGCUACGCCUAAACGUCAAAAUCCAUCCCCAUCAAGUACUAAAUAUGAAACACCAUUCAAAUCACCACCACCGACUAUGAAUGGAUAUCCUCAACAUCCACACCCAAAUCAUGCUCAGCAACCAGUUCAAUCUAAUAUGUACAAAUCACCACCACCCCAAGCUCCAGUUUAUGGUACUCCAAGAAAUGACCCAAGAUUGAACGUUCCUCAAACAGCAAGACCUAUGAGACAAACAUCACCUGUUGUACCUUAUGGAGGACCUCGUCCUCAUUCAGCAUCACCAAGACCGCCUAAAUCAAGAGAUCCUUAUCAUCAACCACCUCCACAACAACAACCUUAUUAUCCGCCACCUCCAUCUCAAGCACAUGGAUAUUUCCCUCCAGCUCAAGGAUACCCUCCAGCUCCACAAUCAGGUCAAGGAUAUCCACCAGCUCCACCGUCACAAGGUUAUUACCCACCGCCUCAAGGUUAUUAUCCACCGCCCCAACAAUGGUAUCCACCACCUCAAGGUUAUGGUUAUUCACCAGCUUCUGCUCCAGGAGCUCCACCUCCAUCCGGACCUUCAAAACCUACACAUGCUGCUACUGACUUUGCCAUAGGUCAUUUACCAACAGCUACAGGAACAAAUAAAUUGCAUAGAACAAACAAUAAGAACGAUAAGAAGAGUUUACGUAAUGCUUUAGCCCAAGGUGAUUUUGGAAUUUAA